CUCUCCAGCCCUAGUGAUCGCCUGCAGGGACCACGCAAACUGAAGCCUCCAGAGAGGUCGUCUUCUCCAGGGUGCUUGGAGGCUCUUUUUGAGAACUAUGGCAGGGAAAGAGCUCCUCCAUUGGCACCUGCUGGCUUUGUUUCUCCUCCCUUUUUGCCUGGGUCAAGAAGAAUACAUGGAGGUGAGCGGAAGAGCUAAUAAAGCGGUGGCAAGAAUAGUGCAAAGCCACCACCAGACUGGCAGGAGGGAAAAAGUGAGAGAGCGGAGCCAUCCUAUAGAGGGGACUGUGGAUAAUAACACGUCUCCAGGCCCAGAGUCCCUGAGGCCAGAUGUUCUGUCGCACCCUGACUUAAAUGAUCUGGCCCAGAUCACCUCAUACAGGGUCCAGACAUCUCAAGCUGGAUCACUUCCACCUGACUGCAGCAAGUGCUGCCAUGGAGAUUUUGGGUACCGUGGCUACCAAGGCCCUCCUGGACCCCCUGGACCUCCUGGAAUCCCAGGAAAUCAUGGAAACAAUGGCAAUAAUGGAGCCACUGGUCAUGAUGGGGCAAAAGGUGAGAAAGGAGACAAAGGAGAUCUGGGCCCCAGAGGAGAGCGAGGACAGCAUGGCCCUAAAGGAGAGAAGGGCUAUCCUGGCAUUCCUCCUGAGCUACAGAUUGCCUUCAUGGCAUCCAUGGCCACUCACUUCAGCAACCAAAACAGUGGAAUAAUCUUCAGCAGCGUAGAAACCAACAUUGGAAACUUCUUUGAUGUCAUGACGGGGAGAUUUGGGGCCCCAGUGACAGGGGUCUAUUUCUUUACGUUCAGCAUGAUGAAGCAUGAAGAUGUAGAGGAAGUAUACGUGUACCUGAUGCACAAUGGCAAUACGGUCUUCAGCAUGUACAGCUAUGAGUCAAAAGGAAAAUCGGAUACAUCAAGCAAUACUGCCGUGCUGAAACUGGCCAAGGGAGAUGAGGUUUGGCUGCGGAUGGGGAAUGGAGCUCUGCAUGGAGAUCACCAACGCUUCUCCACCUUUGCAGGCUUCCUGCUCUUUGAAACUAAGUAAAGAAAAAAAAAUGAAGAAAGCAUCUGCAUGGGGGUGGGGGGAAGGUUUUGUUGUCCUGGGGUGAUAAUUCUUAUGAUAUUUCUUACGGUCUGAGGAAGAUUUGAGAGUUGUGGAAUAAUAUGUCAGGAUCAAGAAUUACAAGACAAGCAUCAUCAUAGGCAGCCAACACUUUGGGGGACUGAUAUAGGUUUAGGGGCCCAGGAUGAUACCACCAACCUGUGAAACAGUCACCAAAGACAGCCUGUGCUAAAAUGCUCUGCAUUGUACUCAUAUUCCAUAAAACACCGAAAAGAGAAUUCCAUUUUGCCAGGUGGUAGGGGUAAAGAAGACUAUUUAAAAGUCAUUAGGCAAGAGCAUCGAAGGGUCAGUCUACCCUGUCUGAGGCCUCCGCAUUGAUCAUUUCCGUAUAAGCCAAUGCUUGUAAUAACCAUAUCCAGAUAUCUGCCCCUACCAGACUGGCACGCUCCUAAAGAAAGGACAAGAAAAACAGAAAGUUCCUAAAGAUGAGUUCUGGGAAGAUUCCGUAUCAAGAUAUAAGCUGUUUCUGUGAGAUUCAGGUCCAACUCAUUUCAGCGCAAAACAGAAAUGAACAUGGUGCUCGUGUAUCCUGCUAGACUAGAUGUCUGUGUCUUAAGAAUCAAUCAAUUAACAAGCACUUAGUAAGUACCCCCUAUGUGCCAGGCACAGUGCCCAGUGCUGUAGAUACAGGGUGGGAGAAGAAUGAAACAAUCCCAGAAAAAUGAAUUUAAAUGUAAAUGAAAGAAGAAGCUGGCAAGAGCUUAAUCAAUAAAAGUUUAUAGGUCUAAUAGGAUUUGGGGGGGGUGGUGCGAGGGGAGUGUUGAUCAGCCUAGCCCUUCUGGGGGCUCUGGCACAUGGAAGCUAGUCAGUUCUUUCUCAUCAAGCCAGCAGAGAGAAAUCCUUAUGACCUGGCUUUUGUAAAAAGAUGGGGAUGCAGGAGUUAGGGAAGGGAGUUGCCAUAUUCCAGUGACUUUUCUAGAAAUGGAGGUUCAGAAGUAACUUGAGUUAUUGAAUGUCUAUAUUUUAAAUCAUCUCGACUUUUGAAGGUCUCAGAUGAGAAAGAGAAAAUGGCAACAAGUGAGAUGGAGUUGUUUGGGGCCAAAAGACUAAACUGUAGGAGAAAGAGCAGGGACUUUGGUAUUGAUGGUGAGUCAGAGCUGUAGGAAGCACCUAGACUCUCAGGACCUACAUACAUGCCAGGCAAUUUGGCAGAUUCAGGGAAAGUCCAUCAGGAAGUGAUUUUUUUAAAUCUUAUGGACUGCUAAUCAAUGAAUAUAGCACAAUUGUUUAAGAGUCUUAACCUUUCUUAACCUUACAUUCUUUAUCUGUAAGACAAGGGAAUUGGACAAGAUGGCAUCUGAGGUCCCUUCUAGCCUUAGCUCUACAAACCAAUGAAGAUAAUGAAGAUAAUUCAAGGUAGCUUUUAUUAGGACUCUUAAUGUAGUGAUAUUAUUUUAAAAUAUUCUCAAGGCCUAAUAUUCAAUUUCUGUUUUUUGAACAUUAUUAAUUUAAAUUUUUUUGAUAUCUUUUGUUUUAAUAGCAUCUUUAUUUCUAACUAGAGCCCUGACUUCUCUCCUAGCUAUUGAUCCAAAUGAUGUAACAAAAAAAAAACAAAGAAAAGGGAGGAAAAAAAUUAACACAAUCUUCCUUUUAAAAAUUAAAAAGAAAAGAAAACAUUACUAUACCAAAAUUUUGCCUUUCCAGUGGGUUAUAGUUUUUUUAAAGGAUCUUUUACAUCAUGAUCCAGACCUAGGGCCAUCAUAUAAUAUAGUUCUGAUAAUUGACUCUUUAGUCUUAGUGCUGGGGUUUGGUAUCCAUUCAAAGGAUUUGUGUGUGUGUGUGUGUGUGUGUGUGUGUGUGUGUGUGUGUGUGUGUGUGUGUGCGCGCGCAAGCGCGCCCUAAGAAUAGAUAUUGAGUGACUCUAGCCUAGGGAAUUAGGUGAGAGAAGCAAGAGUACAAACAUACAGUCUCUAGGUACUGCAGAUAACAUAAAAGUUUGUUUUUUUCCAAAAUCACUUUAAUAACCACUGCCAAUAGAUAUCUAUCUAUCUUUUCUAUAUAUAGUUAUAGAAGAACCUCUCAGCAUGCAAAAUGCAACUAAAUAAUUAAGCUCAUAAAUCCUAAUUUCAUUUACAUUUUAGAGUAAGGGAAAAUAAAAUAUGAUUAUAAAGCAAAUAGAGGAACAACUUAAAAACAAAAUAAAACAUCACAAUUCACCAGAACCAGAAAUGCAUGACUUGCUUUUGGGAGACCAUCCAUUGAUUCCAACAAUGACUCCAAGGUCUCAUCAUUUCUGGGACUUUUUUUGCAAAAACUGCUUUCAGAGAUAGUUUAUGAGCAAUACACAAACCAGCUAAUCUUACCACUUUCUAGUCAAGGCUGGACUUCUUUCUUAAACUUAAGAGAGAAUAUUAUCCAACUUGGCUUUUGGAUUCUGGAAAUCAUAUUCUUCUAAAAUUCAAAGCACAUAUAUUUGCUACCACUGAGAGCAUCAAAAAAAUGUGCCACAAACUUUGAAAGCAAUGUCAAAGAGUUUCCUAAAUGAACAGAAGAAGGAUGACAAGGCAUUGGAUUUCACAAAUAGUCAUAUUUGUGCCUGAUUUAAGAUAUACUGGAUGAGGUGGUACACCUUCUGCUGCUGGAGAGGCAGAGAGUAAUGAAUUGAUUGAGUUCAGUAGUUCUGAGUUGCAGUGGGCUAAGCCAAUCAGAUGUUCAAACCAAGUCUAGACCAAAUAUGUUGAGCCCCCAGGAAAAUGAGUGGCCCACCAAGAUACCUAAGGAAUGGCACACCAGCCUAGGCUAGAAACAGAGUAGCUCAAAGAUCCCAGAUUAAUCAGAAUUGGCACUAGGCUGUGAGUGGUCACCAUAAUUCUAGCCCAAGUGAGACAAGGAGAUUUAGCCUAACGAAUAAUAAUAAUAAUAAGUAAAAAUAAAACUACAAAGGGAAAAGGAAUGGGAGGUACACAGAUGAUACAGUAUCACUGAAUUUGAGAGUUAGAAGGGACCUUAGCAGUCACCUAAGUCUAAUCUAUAACUGAAAAAGAAUCCUUCCACUAUAAUAUUCUAGAUACAACCUAGGAAGAUAAUUUGAAAACUUUUCUUCUAUUGUUCUUUCCUCUAGCCAACACAUAUACAUAUAUUUGAGUUACUCCACAAUUAUUCUUGGGUCUUGACCCUAAUACACAAUUGUUACUUCUUAUAGUCCCAUUGGACUCAUUCCAGGAAUUGUGACAACAGAAGGUUGAAAGCCAUUUUCUUCUUGCUCCUUACCUCACUUGAUAUAUAUGUACACAUGUACGCAUAUAUAUGUGUAUUUUUUAAAAUCUGCAUAAAUUGGUAAUUUUCAAACUGAAUGGAAAUUUAAAUUCACUAGAAUUCUAAGGAGUCCUUGAGUGACUGUUUUUUAGAAUGAAAAACCAGGCUCUAAUUUAUUUUUUGUAUUCAUCUGGCCUUUAUUUUUUAAAUGAGGGUGUGUUUUUAUUGCUUCCCUCUCCUACUGGGGGGAGGGGGGGACCAAAGCUGGCUUUCCUAAAUUAUGGUCUUAAAACUAGUAAAAGCUCCAUAGACAUGCUGCCUGGGAGUAGAGGGCCACAUCAGGGCUAUCCUAGUAACUUUCCUAAUGUCCUUUUCUCUUUUAUGUUAUGCUCCUUGAGUUUCUAGCUAGACUUACUAAACACUUUAAAAAUCUUUCCUUUGACCCAUAAAAAUGUGCAUGUUCUUUCUUCAUCUAUAUAUGAUGAUUUUAAAAGUGAAGGCAUGUUAGCCACAAUAUACUUGACAUACUAUUUUUGUGAAUUUUUCUAUGCCAAUACUGUAGAAAAAUUUCUUAUGAAUUUGCAGUCAACAAGUGUAAUAAGAAGUUCAAGAGAGCCCCAAGGGGAUCUCACAAUCACAAAGUUCACUGCAUUAUAACUAAAAUGCCUUACUGAAAUUUUGGGUUGCCUCCAGAAGAAACUUUUGAUGCAUGUUCAUGAUAAAUGUGUCCUACAAAUGUUAUGAGCCAAAAAUAUAUAGCAAUGCAUGUCAAGUAAAUAUGUAUCAACAAA